AUGCAGGAUUUGGGUCCUGAAGACCCUGAUGCCCUUCGCCACCCCAGCUACGAGCAGAUUAACUUUUUCGGGAAGCAAGAAAAUCCCGGGGGAACUGGCCGAAUGAAGUUCAUCCCGACGAGAUGGCUUCCAGAAAACCAUUACGUCUUCCAAGAGAAGAUGCUGGCGGUUGUCGGCCUCAGCCGAAAGCACAGAGGCGAGCUGAGCGAGGCCACUUCAGGGAUUGACUAUGAUCGGCUAGGUGUGAAUGCUGAAAGAGUCAUCUUAGACCGGGCUACCGCAAUCACUGACCCGAAGGACCGUCCACUGCAUCUGCAUUCAACGGGUCAUCAGAUUGAGGCUGCUGCAGAUUAUCUAAAGCAGAAACCUUGGUGGGCGAAGCAGGAUCCUUUGAGGCCUUUGCUGUCUGAAGAAGAACAGGUUGCUCGGACAGCUGAGAACGUUACUAGGGCGAUUGAAGCCUUAGAAGGAGGUGAAGGGACCUUUGGUGCUUUCGAGCAGGGAACUUCUGCAGCCGAAGAUCAGCCGAGGGUUUCGUCUGAAGAAGGAAGCGGAAGGAGAGAAGGGAAAGCACCUGUUCGUCCUGAAGAUUUGUCAUCGUCCGAAUCUAAAGAAUCUGAUAUGGAUGAGCAGCCCCCGACCAAAAGAAGGAGGAAGAGGAUAACAGUACUAGGUCCUCGUCAGUUUCAGACGAGGCCGAUGCCUACUGGAGGCAUCAGCAUAAGGGAGCCUGAUGAAGGUAGAGGCUCGCCGAGGGCUCCCCCUCCGCCAGAAAACCCUCCUCCUCGAACCCCUCCACCACCUCCCGAAACUCGAGAAAUGGAGGUCAUGCACAAUCAGACUCUUACUGUAGAGCUAAUAGACACUCUCCAAGACAAGCUGGAGAAUGCUUGGGAGGACACGAAAAUUGCCCAAGAAGAGGCAAAGCUAGCAGUGCUGAAGCAGCAGGCUGCUGAAGAGAAGCAGGCCGAGGCUGAGAAGUAUGAGAAGCAGGCUGCACAGGCCCUCCAAACCUUCUGCCAUGCCAUGGAGACUGAAGUCUUCCCAACUCUGAUGGCCGGGGAGAAGGUCAUUAACGAGUUCGGGGCCUUCGACAUCCCUAGCUUCAAGGCGGCCAUUGCACGCUGGGUGGCUGAUGAGGCAGCUGGGCAGCUGAAGGCUAAAGAGGAUGAUCUGUCCCAGGCUAAGGCCGAAGCUUCACGGGUUCAGUCGGAGCUAAAUGAACAAAAUACUUCCUCCUCCAAACUCUUUGAUGAGUUGAACAAAUCUAAAAAGGAUUUGGAGGAGAGUCAAAAGAAGCUGGCUGAUGCUGAAGCCUUGCUCCAUGAUCCCGAAGAUCCCCAUAUGAAGUUCCCUACUCCCAUUGAGUUCGAAAUUUUGAAAGCUGAAGAAGCCGAGGAGGAAGCCGAACUAAGGGAGAUAGAGGCUGAACAGAGAGCAACGGAAGCCCAGAUGAAAGCCCAGCCUGCCUCUUCUGAUGCCGGAGCUGAGUCUGCCCAGGAACAAGGCAAUGCUGACCAGCCUGACCCUUCGGCUGAAGUAUAG